AUGCACGAGCGCGCCCGGCCAGGGCGCGGGAGACGACCGUGCGCGUGCCGCGUGUCACCGAUGCCGCCCCCCGGCGAAGACCCCGACGCGGCACCCUCGUGCAGCAGCUCCGACACCAGCGAGCCGCAGGACCAGCAGCGCUCGGAGCGGGCGCUCUCCAACGGAGAUCUCUACCUGGGCCAGUGGCGCGGGGGCGUGCCACACGGCGACGGCAAGUACCUGUGGGUGGAUGGCUGCAUGUACGAGGGUGAGUGGCGCCGCGGCAAGGCCACCGGACGCGGGAGGUUCUCUUGGCCGUCGGGAGCCACCUACGAGGGCGAGUUCUUGGACGGGUUCAUGCACGGCGCGGGAACCUACGUGGGCGCCGCGGGGGACAGCUACCGCGGCGCGUGGGCCAAGAACCUCGAGCACGGCGCCGGCGAGAAGCGAUACGCCAACGGCGACUGCUACGACGGCGAGUGGCGGGCGGGGCUUCCGGACGGGUGUGGCCGCUACACCUGGCGCGAUGGCACCGAGUACGCCGGCGGCUGGCGCGCGGGGCUCAUCCACGGCCGCGGCGCCCUGGUCUGGGCGAACGGCAACCGCUACGAUGGCGGCUGGGAGGGCGGCCGGCCGCGCGGACAGGGCACGUUCCGGUGGUCGGACGGCAGCCUGUACGUCGGGUUCUGGGGCCGGGAGGCCCCCGGCGGCGCCCUGCACCAGAAGGGCGUGUACUACCCAUCCCCGGGGGCGGCAGGCGAGACGAGGACGCGCGACCCGAGGGAGGUGUUCGCGAGGGAGCUGCCGGAGUGUGUGCGCUCUGGCACGGAAAGCCAGUCGGCGCUACCGUCGCUGAGGUCUCUAAAAUGGCUGGCGCGGUCGGUCAGUGGGCGCGGGAGCUCGUCGUCGGGCCGGAGCAAUCUUUCGGGUGGGAGUAAUUGGGGUUCAGAUGGAGACGUCAAGUGCGAGCUUGCUGACGACUGGAAGCGUCGUAACAGUACGAGGGAGGGUAGGGGACUGCUGCCUCUCACUUCGCCGGCGCCAGCGCCACAAGUAGCCAAGGGUGCACCACUGCGGGUGUCGAAGCGGCAGGGGGAGACCAUUGCCAAGGGGCACAAGUUCUACGAGCUCAUGCUCAACUUGCAGCUGGGCAUCAGGCAUGCAGUAGGAAGGCAAGGUCAGGUUAUACUAGAUCUGAAAUCAUCAGCUUUUGACCCAAAGGAAAAGGUAUGGACAAAAUUCCCCCCAGAAGGCUCGAAAUAUACCCCUCCACACAAUUCUAGCGAUUUCAAAUGGAAAGAUUACUGCCCAAAGGUGUUCCGGACAUUGCGCAAGCUGUUCAAGGUCGAUCCAGCUGACUAUAUGCUAUCUCUGUGCGGAGAUGAUGCUCUACGUGAGCUCUCGUCCCCUGGUAAGAGUGGAAGCUUCUUUUACUUGACAAACGAUGAUCGAUACAUGAUAAAGACAAUGAAGAAAUCUGAAGUAAAGAUGCUUCUGAAGAUGCUUCAUGCUUAUUACAAUCAUGUCCGUGCAUUUGAGAAUACCCUAGUGGCAAAGUUUUUUGGUCUACACUGUGUGAAGUUGGCUGGAGCAAACCAGAAGAAGGUUCGUUUUGUCAUAAUGGGGAACCUGUUCUGCUCCGAUCACACUAUUCAUAGGAGAUUUGAUCUGAAAGGAUCAUCUCUUGGCCGGACUACUGACAAGCCACAGGCAGAGAUUGAUGAGUAUACAACUCUGAAAGAUCUUGAUCUUAAUUUUAUCUUUCGGUUGCAAAAACAAUGGUUUGAAGAGUUCCGAAGCAGGCAAGUGGACAAAGACUGUGAGUUUCUGGAGCAGGAGAAGAUUAUGGAUUACAGUCUCUUGGUGGGUGUACAUUUUAGAGGUGCCAUUGACAUCGAUGGUGACAAACCUGCCACACCCCGCGUUUCAAGAUGGGACAGGAAUCACUUUCUUUCUGAUCCAAACAGGUGGUGUAAGAUUAAACUGGGGGCGAAUAUGCUGUCAAGAGCUGAACUGACAGUCCGAAAGAACGACAGUGAUGUUAUUGGAGAGCCAACUGGGGAAUACUGUGAUGUUAUAUUGUAUUUUGGAAUAAUAGACAUACUUCAAGACUACGAUAUAGGCAAAAAGAUUGAGCAUGCAUACAAAUCUUUCCAACAUGACUCGACAUCCAUUUCAGCGGUAGAUCCAAGACAGUACUCCAGGCGCUUUAAAGAUUUCAUAUACAAAGCAUUCCAAGAAGACAGGGUAGACAUCUAA